CGUUAUUACCCUGCUGUGGAUUGCCUAUUGUUUUAUCGAAAAGCUGUGCCUUUGUUUGUAGCGUAAAUAGACUUUGUUUUCGGCGCAUCCUUGUUCGUGCGUAUACAGUGUCGCGUUCAAGAGCCCAGAUUGUAGCGCGUGUCCUCAGCAGGACAGCGCAUGCAGUACGCAUGGAUGUUUUGUGACAUCAGCCGUGAGAGUGUGUGUGCGUGUGUAUUGAUGAGUCCUAUUUAGAACUUAGCUCGAGCCAAGAACUGGAGCGCUAUUCAUAAAAAGGUAUUGCUUAUUAUGAACUUGUAAAAUUUGGCACAAGCUGAUAGUAGGACGUAGAAAAAAGGAGUGAGCAAGUUUGGUAGACCAGCGCGAAAAGGGGAUUACUUUCUGAGCGAACGAGCAUACUGCAAUCAACGAUAUCAACGCGUACAACAAUAUGGAUUUGGAGAUCGAAACACAAAAGCCCACACUGGACCUGGCGAAGAACUGUCUGAAGAAGGUUCCGAAAAUGGAGGACGCUCAGCAAUACAAAGUGUUGAUACUGGACGAUAACGAGCUGCAGAAAAUUGAUAAUAUUGAUUCGUACUUGAAGAUCGAAAAACUGUCGCUGUGCAAAAAUCAGUUGCUGCGUAUGUACGGAGUUUGUAGGCUGCAUUGCCUGCGAGAGCUGAAUCUCUCCCACAACAAAAUCCUCACCAUCGAAGGACUGAAAGAUUUGGUCUACUUGACGCACUUGAAUCUGGAGGGCAACAAAAUCAAAACCAUUGAACAUCUUAAUACCAACGUAAACCUACAGUAUUUAAACCUGUCGGAGAACAGCAUCACCAGUGUAUCGGAUAUGUCUUAUCUAAAAAAUUUAAAGGAACUAUUCCUCAACGGAAACCGCAUAUCGCAUUUAAGGCAAUGUGAUAAACACUUACCUCAAUCGUUGGAGACGUUAACGCUAGCGAAGAACAACAUUGCCGAUCUGAAUGAAAUUUGCACGCUCAGUCAUCUGAACAAUCUCAACAGCAUCACGAUAGCGGACAAUCCGUGCGUGCAGAUGGCUGGCAACGUGGUUGGAUUCGACUAUCGUCCGUUUGUGUUGAACUGGUGCAUGAGUGUGAAGCAAAUUGAUGGAUUUGUCGUCACUGCCAUUGAGAGUCUGAAAGCGGAAUGGCUGUACAGUCAGGGACGGGGCCGCCAGUUUCCCAUAGGGGAGCAAACAGCGCUGGCCCGCUACCUUAGCAGCGUUUGUCCGUUGUCGGGCGAAGCGCUAGAGAAUCAAAACGAUCGAAAACUGCGGCUUAUUCUUAGCAAAGCGCAACAGCACCAGCGUCAGCUGCAAGAACAAACCACACUCGGUAGCGAUGGUGCUAAUCAGUCAGCGAACAAUUCACCCUCGUCGCUGCGUCGGAAAGGUCAGGCAACGCGAAUACAAUCGCCUCGCGUAUCGCGUCUUAGCGGGCGCCAAAAUUCGCCCGACGCCAUGUCAAACAGUUACCAUGGCAACCUUUCGAACAAUUCCAUGUCGUCAGGCCAUAGCGAGAGCAGCUCGGGCGGAUCGCAGCUGUUUGAGCUGACGCGAUCGUUGAUUGAUAAUAUUACCUCGGACAACAACAUUAUGUCCCAGAGUUUGGAUCCUAACAUGUUGGCAAACAGUAACGGCUGUGGCGUACCGGGAAGCAGCACUAAUAUCCUGGGUGCAAAUGCAGGCAGCGAGUGUAUUGUGUUGAGCAAACAGCAUCCGACUGUGAUGAACCAAAGUCAAGGUGGUUUGUAUAAUGAUCAACUUAUAAAUUGUGCUGCGGUAACUGGAGGUGGGCCACUGACGGCUGCAUCCAAAAUGGUGCCCGUUCCAGAAUCACUGAUGAGUCCGGACUGUGGACCUACCACAACGACGGCCGCCAGCAUUGUACAGCGCAAUAUGCAACACUGCAACAUGCAGCCGCAACCGCAAACGCCACAAAUCCCAAAAGCUAUCAAAACCAAAGACAGCACUCGCUCGACCAGUCAAACCGGUGGAGGAAGCAUUCCGGUGGCGAACGUGCAUCCCAAAAGCGGAAGUCCGCGUGCAGCAAAGCGGAACAACAGUAGCGAACGUUCGUCACCGUCUCUAUCGCCAAGGAAAACGCUCAACAGCCACAAUAGCAAUGGUGGCUCUGGCAGCAACAGCCAUUCCCGACCCGUAUCAUCGCAAUCGAAGUAUUCGGUGCACGCUGCCAUAGCAACACCAUCGGAGGGAGGCUCGAGCAAUGCUGUAAGUUCGGAUGAUGACAGCGAAACGAUCAACAUUGAGAAACUGCGCACCAUUCGUCACAAGGCGGCUCAGCAACAAACGCAUCAGAACAUGCCCCACGGUGGCCAAAGUGUGGGACCGAAAGCGAAGGACAAGGAAGGCCCAGCGGCGGGGAAAGCUGUUGUUAGCAAGGAGCCAAUGGACGAUAACCGGGCAACGGAAAACUCUGCCAUUCUUAUCCAGAAGCUGUGGCGGGGCUAUGUAACGCGCAAGCGAACCCGUGAUUUGGUGGAAAAGCUGUUUCACAAGCGAACCAACGAUCACAUCCUGCAGCUGACGAAGGACAUGCAGGUAACGAAGGAACAGUUGGAAUCGGGUCGCAAAAUUCAACAGCUGCAGAUGAAAGCGUUGCGGCAGCUGUGGCGGAAAGUGUCGGCCAUGAAUCCAGCGGAACAUGCACGCACAGCCACCACCCACGUCAGCGCCCAUGGACCGGCGCCACCAGCUGAAGACGACGAAGUGGGAGAAUGUGGCCCGCUAACGGGUGACGGCGCUGAACAUAGCUCCAUUCAGGAUUUAACAAAGUCCUGUUCGAUGUUGAUGAACCAGGUGCAGCAGCUGCAAGGUGCCGUGCGGGACAUUGUUAGCUGCAUGCAGUUUUUGGUACACGUUCCUGCGCCACCUGCUGCAGCACAACCGCCGUCGAGCAACGCUUCCCAGCAGUGUUCCACAGAAACGCAAACUGACAUAGUGGCCGUCCUCACACCUCAGCUGGAACAACGGUUGUCCGAAACGUUUCCAUUCGGCCGAGGCGAAGGGUCGCUUAAGGAUCAGCUAGGCGUGGCAGCUGCUGGCAGCAGUAAGCUUUCGCGCCCUUCAACGUUGCCAAUAAGCUCCAGCGAAACAUCACCGAACCUGGUCGCGCAGGGGCAAGAUGCCGCCAACAUGGAUAUGGAAUGUCUGGAGGAGGCCGUAGAUAUGGAACUGAACCGAAUCGGUGAUGUUCAAGUGAUCAGAAUCGAGGAAGCGGAUCGUGGUAAUGAAGAGGAAAACAACGACGGUGAACAGAAGGAGCGCGAUGAAAAGGAGCAGCAGCAGGAAGGGGUGGCAAAAGCUGAACAGUUGGAAGCUGGAGUAAUCAUUUCCUAAGCGCGCACGUUAGCAUAUACUGAUCCCAUCUCUAAAGGGGACACUUUCUCAAAAUUAAGGUAAUUUUAUUCGUAAAGCCAGCGAUUGACGCGCAAGCAUUUGUUGAUUAUUUUGUAAGCUAUUUAUUUGAUGCAGAGCAGGCGGGGAAAUGGAACCCGACCGUGCCCGUUGGCGAAAAGCAUCUGAUCUGAGCUAGCGCUUGUACGUAUUUCUAAUAUUCUCCCACCCCAAACGUGCUGGAUUCCGUUUUCGAGCACGUUUCAGUGAGUUAUUCUACGCUAUCGAUCCUUACCAAAGAUGUACAAGAAAGCAGUAAGUUAAGAGUGAUAGUUGAUAGGAGGCGGAUCACGUCGCAUUUUGAAGCGCUGAUUUAGGUUGGGUAAUUGGUAAAGUUGGUUUCAACAAGCAACGGGCGAUGAGUUUAACGUUUUACCAGUAAUGAAGUCUAUGCCACUAAACGAUAAACUGUCUUGCAUGCAGUGCCCUUGUGGAUGCACUCCCAUUCUUGCUACCAAAUACGACACAAAUGAGUAAUCGUAAAUGAGAUUAACAUGCACACAGAUUAGUUUGAAUUCGUAAUAGGGAAGGACGAAAGGAAAAAUGUUACAGUUGUAAUGCAGCCUUUCGUCAGCAAUUCAUCAUUUCGUUCCGCCACGCAAAAUGGUCGCUUAUUUCCCUGCAAACCAGGUGUCCGUACUAAAAGCAAAGAUACUGAGAUACAUCGAUCCUUCCAUGACUGUAACUAUUCGUUGUAAAAGUGCAUGAAGGCUGUACGAAAAGACGAAACGAAAACCACUGCCGUAUGUCGCCAUGGUUGGGCGUAAAAGGGGGACUUCCUUACUUACUUCCUUUGGCCGUUGGUCAGCCGCUCGUUCGUUCAUUUUCAUCUCGAAUCACUACACUACAAGUGCCUACAUAUUUCACCUUAGUUGCGAGAGGACAUGUGCGAAUGAUGAUUGUGCGGGAAGAGUAGAGCAAUUGCAAAUUAGAUGAAUUGUUUCUCAGUAUGUUCAGGCGGGAGUAGAUCGGCAGCAUUCGGCGCAGAAUCAUCAGUAGCGGGAAUGUAGGUAUUCAACUUGUAGUAUGAUUUCAAAUAGAUAUGCCGUACUGAGGCACACAGUUAGCGCUAGAGUUCAACUGAAAUUAGAGUAUUUAGUUGUGCGUAAUCUACAGCCACAGCCACACAUUUUCAGCACGUUUGAAUAGUAAAGGGAAAUUAUAAAAAAAAAACUUAACAUUCCAUAGCAGAACGUUUUAAAAUUCUAAUUUACAGAACAGAAAUUAGCAAUACACUAGAGUUUCACAAACUAGCCGCCUUUUUGGUGCACGUCUACGUUGAUAGCCAUUAAGGACGUUUAUGCAAACGAUUUGGUUUACUAUUUACCAUCGAUUUUAGCAUUAGAACAUUAGAGAUAGCGUUAGAAUAGUUCAAGCAGAACAAGUACCCAUUUGAGCCUCAUUGCACGUGUUGCGCAAGCAUUUGCCCAUUAGUUGCGCGCGAUGGUAUUGUGCUUGUGUCCGCUCGCAGUGAAUGUACCAUGGAUGUAAUAGCUGGCGGAAUUCUAUCACCGUACUUACCGACAAGCUCGCGUUCUUCUCGCGUAAUCUGCCUAUCUCUCGCCAAAAAGCCAAAGCUAGCAAAAAGCGCAAAGCAUGAAAAAAGGAAUUCUUUCCGACAAAGCAAACAUGAAUCAAGCGCAUAAACUUACAAAUGUACAAAUAUGUGUAUCUUCAGCAGUUUUUGAUACUUCUUAUCAGAUAAAACAAUAAACGCAUCGUCGCAUAAUACCGAA